AUGUCUGAGUACAUUGCCUCUGGGUCGACGUCAGGAUACACGGCGCCCAGAAACCUGAAGAGGUGCAAGAGUAUGAGGAGCGAAGAAGAAAUCAAUGCACAAGGCCCGCUUGAGGUGACUGGCUCAAUAGAGUCAGGACGCGGCGUCAACCUCCAAGGAGACGUCUCCGUCAGAGGAAAUAUCGAUGCCUAUGGCAAUAUCACCGCAAAGGGGACAAUUAGCUGCCAUGAUAAGAUCAUCGGAUAUGGAAAGCUGAGAGUCGAGGGCACCCUGGAAGGGGACGAGCUCGAGAUCUGGGGGAACCUGAUCAUCAUUGGCUUCCUAAAAUGCAGACGCCUGGUUCUGUACGGCUCACUGACUCUCAUUGGGCCGGAUUCCACCUAUUUGGUACAGGAAUCUGAAGAAAUUGCGGGGGCCAAGCUGAUGCGGGACUCGGAAGCAGAUUGGGAUUGGUGA